CUACAGGUUUUAGGCUAUUUUACUAUGCUAAACAAACAAACUGUAAAGCAUAGAAAAGCAAAAAGCUCAGAAAAAACGCUUUGUCUACAACAUAAUCAGUUAUUAAUAUUUCGUUGGUUCUCAAGUUUUUGCAUGUGUUCAUAUUUAUUUGUAUGACAGCCUGGCCAAAAAUUAUGCCCGCACAAUUUGGCUUGGUUCAUUGCGUUAUCAUAAAUGAAAGAAUUGACUAAAAGCACAGCUACGCAAUAUGCUUACAAAAUCUUUAACACAAUUUCAAUAAUUUGAAUAAAGUGCGAAGAUGUCAAUUUUCCUAGUCCGGACAUCACUUCUGUCCACAAAGCUACUGUGUAUCUGAACACGUUUGUUUGGUAGUCAAACAUGUCACUAAAACGCAAACGUAUAUUCUUCUCUCGUUUGUUUUGGUAUAAAUUGCCUCUACACUGUAUCACAACAAACUAACCUACCCUCGAUGACGUAAGAGAUGACAAAUCUCAAGUUUGGCAAUUGCACUAGGACACAGCUGCCGCGUGGGACCGAAGCACAUAUGCGCGCGCUCGUCUGCAUCAUUUAUUAGCGCAUGCAUCGCUCCAUCUUAUUUCAAUGGGCUGCGGUGGGAGUCGAGCAGACGCUAUUGAACCCCGAUAUCAUGAGAGCUGGACCAGAGAAACCGAAUCGACGUGGCUUACCAAUACUGAUGCUGAAAUCCCCAACGGCGUGACUUAUAAGACCCGCGUCGUUCGUGGAGAAUGUAGCCAUCUUAUUAAAGACAAUGCAAAAGUAUCAGGUAGAGGUACAGAGGCCAGGGCUUUUGGAGACAGAGGCAGGCGAAUGGUUAACACGGGAACUCAAUGUGGGAAGCAGGUUUUGACUUCCAGCACCUGCACAAACCAUCAAAGAACAUCCUGUGGCCAUGAGGUCACCAGCAUAAAAAACUACCAGCUAUUUAUGAAACAUUAUAGUCUCAGAUGUAUAAUUCUUCAAACUUCAGGGUUUUGCCAAUGUACAGACAAAGCAGAUCAAGAGAUUGUGAAGGAACAGCUGUGUCAAUGUUUGAAUAACAUUAAAUCUGUUUUCCAUUUAAUAUGAUGACAGCUUGUUUGUGUUUUACAGCAGAUGAGUGACUCAAACCUGACAACACGCAAGGAGGGGACUGCUCAUUCUGAGGGGGUUUCAUCUAACACUGCGUCUCACCUAGGGGAGCCAAUGGGGAAAAAAUAAUCUUCGCCUGAUGUGGAGGAUACGCUCUGAAACCCAGAGGAGCUCAGCAAUGAGGAUUACAGGCUGUAUAAGAAAUCAUAAUCUGUAGAGAGAAAUAGAGCUUCACAAGAGAUGACAUCUCAUUAAUGCUCGCUUAUAGAAAUAUUACACUUUACUGAAGUUUUGUUGGGUAAAAUGGGUUAACAAGGUGCAUCUGAUAAUUAGCAUGUCAAAUAUAGAUUUUAGUCAACUGUAGCACUCUGAUCCUCACAGGAGUUGCCGAGCAAAGCAUAUGUUCGUAAUGUUGCGUAUACAUAUUGCAAUUUUAAUGCUAAUGACGCUGAUUUUAAGAGAACAGGCUACUAUAUGCUUUAUGUCAUGCUUAAAUAAGUGUAAAAAAUCAGUUGGUUAAAGGGUUAGUUCGCCCAAAAAUGAAAAUAAUGUCAUUUAUUACUCACCCUCAUGCCGUUCCACACCCGUAAGACCUUCGUUAAUCUUCGGAACACAAAUUAAGAUAUUUUUGUUGAAAUCCGAUGGCUCAGUGAGGCCUGCAUAGCCAGCAAUGACAUUUCCUCUCUCAAGAUCCAUUAAUGUACUAAAAACAUAUUUAAAUCAGUUCAUGUGAGUACAGUGGUUCAAUAUUAAUAUUAUAAAGCGACGAGAAUAUUUUUGGUGCGCCAAAAAAACAAAAUAACGACUUAUAUAGUGAUGGCCGAUUUCAAAACACUGCUUCAGGAAGCUUCGGAGCGUUAUGAAUAAGCGUGUCGAAUCAUGAUUCGGAUCGGGUGUCAAACCGCCAAACUGCUGAAAUCACGUGACUUUGGCGCUCUGAACCGCUGAUCCAUAACGCUCCGAAGCUUCCUGAAGCAAUGUUUUGAAAUCGGCCAUCACUAUAUAAGUCGUUAUUUUGUUUUUUUGGCGCACCAAAAAUAUUCUCGUUGCUUUAUAAUAUUAAUAUUGAACCACUGUACUCACAUGAACUGAUUUAAAUAUGUUUUUAGUACAUUAAUGGAUCUUGAGAGAGGAAAUGUCAUUGCUGGCUAUGGAGGCCUCACUGAGCCAUCGGAUUUCAACAAAAAUAUCUUAAUUUGUGUUCCGAAGAUUAAUGAAGGUCUUACGGGUUUGGAACGGCAUGAGGGUGAGUAAUAAAUGACAUUAUUUUUAUUUUUGGGUGAACUAACCCUUUAAUAUUAUGAACCUCUUUCUGAAUCUUGUCAUAAUUUUAUUCUGUUCUUGUAAAUAUACAUUUACUGGAAAUUACACAGUAUUUGUUUAUUUUAUAUUUACUAGUAAUUCAGUAAUUCAGCAGUUUAUUUUUUAUUUUAGAAAUAAAGUUGCAUUUUUUGCCUUUGACGUCGAGAAUAACAGACCCACUUAAGUUACAGGCAUUUUAUACGGCCAGCUAUAAAUGCUGUAAAAUAACCACUAGAUGGAGCUGUUUAUUUUAUAUGAACAGACUAUUGCUGUGUUUUGGACAUUCAGUGUAACGUUAAAAUGAAAUAUAAGCUUUUUAAAACGUCAGACACUGUACAUGGUUUUACAGAUCUUAAUGCUGCAUCACCAAACUGAUGAUAAACAUUGAUGUUAGACAAUCUAAAAUAAGAAAGAUAAGGGAGUUGUUUAAAAAUUGUUAACUCGUAGCCUACCUUAACUAUGUACGUUAAUGUCAAGUACAAAGAGCACUGUUGUUAAAUCUACCCCACUAAUUGGCUGAGUCGUAAUAGGGUUUUGUGCAUGAAGGUGAAUUUAAUUACCAUAUUAAAUAAAAUAAUAUCAUUAUACCAUUCAUUAUCACCUCAUUUCACUUUAAACAAUUGAAAUUCAACAGGUAAACAUAGGAAACUUUUUUAAAAUUCAGAACAAUUAAAAUAACAAGUAUAGAAUUGCACGAAACAUAAUGUACUCGAAAACAUAUCUAAUACACUGUGUUACAUUCAUCACCCUCGCACUCCAGGGACAGAGGCUGAAAAGUAUGUACAGAAAUCUGCUGCAUGAAAUUUGAUGUAAAUUUAAUACUGAUUUUGUGGAAAAUUUGAAUUACGUUGGGAAGUGUUUACAAUCACACCUGUCUGGUUAGACAUGAUGUGACUAGUUUUUUGACAUGUAGAUGAAAAGCUUGUGUGGAUGUAAUAUGUCAAAUUAAACAAGAGAACCUGCUGUUUCAGAUGA